CAUCAUGGUAUUAUGAGACAUGGAACAAUCAAGAUUAAGACGCGAGAAAUUUAACACUAAUUGGGAGAAUUCAGUUGGCGUAGAGUAAUUGGAUCAAAUAGUUGCCUGAGAGACAAAAAUAUAACUUUUGAAAUUCAAGCAAUAAAUACAAUAUGACACAAAAAUAUAAAGGAAUAGAAAAUCGUAACAUAGUAGCAAUUUUCUUGGUUCUAAUUAUUAUGAACUUAUGCGAAUGUGACGAGAAAAUUUGUGAUCGUCGACCUCUGGGUACCAAAAGCGAUCCAUUGCCCCCAGACGACAGAUUUAGGAUUGAAAUUAUUGGAAUCAUCGAUAGCUUGUACAUACCCAACUCUCAAUAUACAGUCCGCCUCCAUUCUACUGAUAAGACGUCAACAUUCAUAGCAUUUACAAUAUCAGUUCGUGAAGACACGAAAGCCAACGAGAAAAAUCCCCGUAAACCUCUACUGUUAAACCCUGGCAUUAUAUACCCUUCACCGGACUCUGAUACAAUUCCAAGUCAUGUAUGCAAUAAUUCUGUUAUCCAAUCCGAUAUCACACCAAAAAAAUCAGUUCAGGCUAUUUGGCGAGCACCACCCAAAGACAACAAAUGCGUAACAAUUUAUGCAGUAUUAGCAGUAAAGCCAGAUGUAUGGUACAAUUUUGAAGGACCUCUUUCAAAAAGGGUUUGUGAAGAUAGGCGUAAUGCUGAGGAUAUGCAGCCGAUUAUAAAUGAUGAUUGUCAGGUUUGCGAAGAUGCUAAGUAUUUGCUUACAUUUGAAGGAAUUUGGUCAUUUAAUACGCAUCCACAGGUGUUUCCUAAUUCCAGUGAGAUAGCACGAUUUAGUGACGUUGUGGGAGCUUCACACAGCAAAAAUUUUAAUGUUUUCAAACUUUAUUCGGAUGCAAGUCAAGGACUAAAAAUGCUUGCUGAACAAGGAAACACUACAAAAUUAGAAAUGGAAAUACAAGCAAAGCUUCAAACUUCUGUUAGAACCGUGAUAAAAGCCUCCAGUCAACCUAGACCUGACAUGACGACAACUGCAAUGUUUAGAGCUACUCAAGUACAUCACCUACUAUCGCUGGUAGCAGCUAUCAUACCAUCCCCUGACUGGUUUCUAGGAGUAGCGAAUAUGGAGUUAUGCGACGUAAAAACCAAUAAUUGGGCUCCACAUCUUACUUUAAAUAUCUAUCCAUUGGAUGCGGGAACUGAUAGUGGUCUUACGUUUGAGUCAUCGAACGAAGAAACGAUGCCACCUCAACCUAUAUCGAAUGCGAAUAUAACCAAGAACAUUCCGAAAGAAGAUUUGAGGCCCUUUGCAAAAUUGCGUCUAGAUCUCAUGAGGACAUUUCCGAGGCCUGGCUGUGUAACAGAAUCACCACCUUUUUCAAUAAGGACACUUACAGAUGAAUCGGAUAACAGCAACGAAAUCCCAAACCAGCCACAAGUGACACCAUCCACAGAGGAAGAAGUUCCCACAGCAGACCCAAACUCAUCACCGGAUUGUCCAAUGACUGCGUGGGAAGAUUGGCUGCCAUGUGAAGGAGAGUGCGUUAAUAACAAAUUAGAAGGUUACCAAACGAGGUUUCGUUAUCAUAUGGUCGAUGGAGUUAUUGUAGGAAAGUAUGUAGAAAGUGAAUCACCGGUUGAGGAUAAAGAAGUGCCUCAAUUUUGUAUUGACAACUACCCUGACAGUGAAACUCAAAAAUGUGAAGAGCUUUGUGAGGACCCAGCACAAGUAGAAGAUGAAGCUCAAGCCCAAGGAAGACUUUAUUAUAAUAGCGACUAAUUCUAUAAUAUAGACUAAUUUAUUUCAUUUAUAUUCAGCGAUCAUCUUCUUAAGUGGAGGAGUUAGUACAUUAUUAUAGAAUGUUGUAUUUUACAUUAAUUUAAUACAUUUUUGUCCUUAA